UGAGGUGAAACGGUGCGUUUAAGCUGUUAGACAUUUUAUUUUCACCUUCUUUUUCUUCUUCUUCUUCCAGGAUCCAAUCGCGUUUAGGGUUGUGGGACUUGCAGUCUGCACUCUGCACUUCGUUUUCGAAAACGAACAGAAUUUGUUCAUAUUCAUUGUAAUGGCAGACGAAGCCAACAAAGCCGCUUUCAUUGAAAUUCAAGGUCGCAUGAUCGAUACUACUGGGAAACUAAAGCAGGUACAAAACCAGAUGCGUUCCAAAGAAGCAGAAAAGAAGCGUGCUUUUCUGACCUUGGAAGAGCUGAAGCAAGUUCCUGAUGAUACUAAUGUUUACAAAUCCAUUGGGAGAAUGUUCCUAUUGGAGACCAAGGCAACAAUAAUGAAUGAACAGGAGAACAAAUUCAAAGAUAGUGAAGCUUCAAUUACCUCAUUACAGACCUCAAAAGAAUAUUUGGAGAAGCAGCGAGGAGAGGUGGAAAGCAAUUUGAGAGAGUUGUUACAACAAGAUCCUGGUCUAGCUCGUCAAAUUAUGUCUAUGAAUGUGGUGUAAACUUCUCUUCUUGAAAUUAACUGCCGGUGAUGUGUUUGUAGUGACAUUUAAACCAAUAGAAAUAUUCAUGAUAUGUGAAACUGUGGGGAUUUUAUGCUGCUUGCUUCACUCCUCCAUGGAUAGUUGUCUAUCAUCCUCAGUGUUGCAUUUGGAGGGAUUGUUGUACGUUAUCUUAAAUGUUAGCUUAUCAUGUUCAUUA